CGGGCCUCGAUAGAACGACUGGUUCGACUGGCCGCCUCCUUUCUUCGGAGUGUCGGCAGCACGUUCGCGAGUGUCGCGGUCUUAUCGGCAAUGGUGUCUGAUAUGGAAGCGUGCCAAAAUGGCAGAAGUGGUGCAGAUGUUUUUGUUUCUGUUUAAGUCGAAGUACCGUCGGAAAAGGCUGCCCGAUGCGGAGGCGGACGGAGCCGUCGCUCUGUUGUGCGCGAUAGCGUGGUUCGCGAUCUGGGCCGGGGCGAUAAGCGGCGCGGCCAGCUCCGCUGCCGAGCAGUCCUGCGAGCUGGUUAAUUGUGUCAACGGCGACUGUGUCAAUGGCAGCUGCAUCUGCCACGAGGGCUGGCAGGGACCGGCUUGUCAGUACUGCGGCGGCAAAGUCAGGUUGUCGAAACUUUCGGGUAGCAUCCACGAUGGAAUCGGCAAUUAUACGACUGACGUAAAGUGCUCCUGGUUGAUCGAGAGCGGCUUAAAUUUAUCGAUACGAAUGCACAUCGAGGAAUUUGCAACCGAAUGCGGCUGGGACCACUUGUAUAUAUACGAUGGGGACAGUGUCGAGGCGCCUCUGCUCGGCGUCUUUUCCGGGCUGAUGUACAAGGAUGCAUACCAUAUUCGUCGCGUGCCUGAAGUGAUUGCUCGCUCAGGGAGCGCUCUCCUGUAUUUCUACUCAGAUGUUGCUUACAACAUGAGCGGAUUCAAUAUAACCUACAAAAUCAAUGCAUGCCCCAGCAGGUACUCUCAGGUAGAUUGCUCGGGUAAUGGUGUUUGCAUUGGCGAUACGUGCACUUGUGAUGCUUUGUGGACCGGUGAAGCUUGCGAUAUUCAAGUGUGUCCGAACAAUUGCUCCUAUACUUACGGCCAGGGGAAGUGCAAUCGUGAAAAGCACCAGUGUGAUUGUGAACAGGGAUUCAAAGGAUCUGACUGCAGCCAAAGAGCGGAUCGCGGAUUCUGGGAAACUAUAACUUACAAGGACAUCUCUCCGGACGGCUCUGCUAGUCAUUGUUCGGUCGUUUGGAGGGACUCUCUCUAUGUCGUCGGAGGAGACAGUUUCAACAGAGCGAAGAUGAUUUACAUUUACGACUUUAAUGGGAACGUUUGGGAAACGCCGCACAUAGAAACAGGCAAACGUCCCGACCCUCGUUACGCUCACUCUUGCGUACUCUUUGGCGAUAAGAUUUAUUUAUACGGAGGCGUUAUUCAAAACUCAACGGUGACCAACGAAUUGUGGGCGUUCGAUGUCUCUGCGAAGGUCUGGGAAAACGUCACCGUUCGCGACAACUGUAACAAUAAGACUAUCUGCGGUCCUGUCCAGGUGGCAGGACACUCGGCCAAUUUGGUGCAAGAUUUCAGUAAAAAGGAGAAAAUGGUUGUGAUAUUUGGCCACUCCCCGCAUUAUGGUUACCUGAAUACAAUUCAGGAAUAUUAUUUCGGCACUCGCGAGUGGCAGGUAGUGGAAACAAUGGGAUUCCCUGUCAAAGGAGGCUACGGUCACAGCUCAGCCUACGAUCCCUUAACGAAUCUAAUAUACGUGUACGGUGGUUACGUGUCGGAGUCCCAGAGCACUCAAGUUCUUACCAGUAGACUGUAUUCUUAUCAUCCUAACACAAGGAUCUGGACUCUAUUGACCUCUGCUCCGUCGGCUCGGUUCUUCCACACCAGCGUCUUCAUAACCGGAGGACUGAUGCUGGUCUUCGGUGGUAAUACGCACAACGACACUCUCCAUUCCCACGGUGCCAGAUGCUAUUCGGCGGAUACGAUUGCGUACGAUGUCACUUGCGAUUCGUGGUACCAGUUUCCGAUGCCUAGAGAAAUGGUAGACUUACCUAGAUACGGACACAGUGCCACUGUCUUCGAGAAGUCCAUGUACAUCUACGGUGGCUUCGAUGGUCAGAUGUUCUCCGACAUGUUGAAGUACACCCCAGGAAAUUGCAGUACCCUGAUCAAUCAGCUCGAAUGUCUAAACGCAAGGAUAGGCGUGAAGUGCAUCUGGGACAAGCAGAUUGGCGUCUGCAUGCCCGUCACGAAGAUUCCUCGAUACGCUCUGAGAAACGAGGACUCGCACAUCGACGCGUACAUACAGUGCCUCGAUGACACGCCGGUGCGUGGACUGAUGUCGCACAAGGAACUCUGCAAGCUCCUGACCGAUUGUGCCGCCUGCGUGCAGACCUCCUACAACUGUGUAUGGUGUGGAAAAAGCUGCUCCCACGAGAUCUGCCGGGACAACGCAAAUUCCCCCUUCCAAAAGGCCAUCGCACACAUGGAUCAAUGCGAGCGACACUCGGGGGUCGAGUGCUUGCAGCUGCACACGUGCCAUGCUUGCUCGAGCAAUGUCAGGUGCACUUGGUCCUGGUCGAAUGGCCCCGAUCGUUGCAAAUCCCUGUCAAAAAUCAGAGAUGUGAACAACGCCAACGACACGAUCCAUGCCCAGAGACUGACGAUAGACACCUGCCGGAGUUCUUGCGUGGAGUUCACGUCCUGCCGGAACUGCACCGAGUCGGAUUGCAUCUGGUGCCAGAACGAGGGAAAAUGCGUGGACAAGAACGCCUAUCCUGCCAGCUUCCCCUACGGCCAGUGCCGGGAAUGGACCACCAUAGACGCCAGGUGUCGGGCCACCGAAACCGGGAAGGAGUGGUGCAGUUUUUACUCCUCGUGCUCGAGCUGCAGGUCGGAUCCUGGCUGUGGAUGGUGCGACGACGGCUCCGGCACGGGGAAGGGUUUGUGUCUCUCCGGAGGAGCCAAAAGUCCCAGCCCGAGGAGCGACGUCGGGUGUCCCUCCGAUCAGUGGUACUUCACGGAAUGCCCCAGCUGCCAGUGCAACGGUCACAGCAAAUGUCUUCCAAAUAGUAGCGUGUGCAUCCAGCCUUGCGGGAACUUGACUCAUGGACCGCAUUGCGACAAGUGCAUACCUGGUUAUUACGGCAAUCCUUUAAACGGAGCGACAUGUCAACCGUGUUUUUGCAACGGCCAAGGCACUCAGUGCACCAGUGAGACUGGAAAAUGUUUUUGCACGACGAAAGGCAUAAUAGGAGAUCAUUGCGAGCGAUGCGACCCGAGUGGUCCUUAUCAGGGCGAUCCUACGAGUGAUAAAGGGUCCUGCUUCUACGAUUUGACCAUCGACUAUCAGUUCACGUUCAACCUUAGCAAAAAGGAAGACCGCCAUUACACGUCGAUUAAUUUUAAGAACUCGCCGACGAAGCCGGACGUCGAUGCCGAGUUUUCGAUAAUGUGUUCCGUACUCGCUAAGAUGAACAUUACCGUGAAAAGGGCGAAUAAUCCCGAGAAACCGCUUUUGCUAGGGGCCAACUGUUCCUCUUACAAGCAUCGGUUCAGCAAGGCGGAAUAUAAUUUCGGGACCGAGGAUAACAACACCCUUACGACUUUUUACGUAUACGUCUACGAUUUCCAGCCCCCUCUCUGGAUCCAAAUUUCAUUCUCUCAAUACUCGAAGCUUAAUCUUCAGCAAUUCUUUGUUACAUUUUCGACAGAUUACAUGACCCCGCACAGGUGCUUCCUCGCCCUUCUCUUGGUGGCUGCUCUUCUCUGGAAGAUCAAACAAAAGUAUGAUAUGUAUCGGAGGCGACAACGAUUAUUCGUCGAGAUGGAACAAAUGGCCAGCCGGGCUUUCAGUCAAGUUCUAGUUGAGAUCGAAAGGCGAGACUGUAGCAAUUCGGAGAGGAAUAAUUCCGACUCCAAUAAUCAGCAGAAGAGGAAAAAGGUCAGACACAAAGAUUCUCCGAGUCCUAUCGCGCUGGAGCCGUGCAGUGGUAACAAAGCAGCUGUCCUAUCGUUGCUAGUCAAAUUGCCAACGGGUGGCGAACUUUACACCCCGACUGGCCAGAGUGCCGGACUAGCGGUGGCUUCUGCCCUCGUCACCCUGGGCAGCCCACGGAGGCCUUCUCAAGAAUUGCCAGAUAAAGAGCCAAAGAAGAGUAGAAAGUCUACGAGUCAACAUCCAGACACAACAUGCAUUUAGCGGUAGACGUUGAGAAUACUGUUCAUGAUUCUUGCUGCUGCCGCCACCUUCGCCUGUGAAAAAGUGACGGUUGGCGUUUGAUCAGUGGAAACAUCAAGCAAUACGUUUGGUGGCUUCGGGAAGGGACUGGCCUAGUUCUGUAACAGUGUUUCGUAAGCUUUGCGCACUCCUUGGUGUAUCUACAGUUGCCUCGGUGUUUCGUGGGUUAACCUCAAUCUUCUCACGAAGAUAUUUGUGAGAGAUCAGGUGGCACGUUCUGUAAAUUGAAUGUCUGAAGGGAGGUUAAGUGAUUUCAGGCGUUUUGUGGGUGCGAUUAAGGUGAAUAUGUAGUUCAAUCGUCGAAUAUCCAAAGAUCCGAGCUACUCUCUAGUUUUCGAUAGCAUCUGGAUUGAGAUACCGUAAAAGACUGGGCAUCGACUGUUCAAUAGUGUAUUACUUGAAUCUCGGAAUCCUGCAAGUAUUUGCAAUGUCUCAUAGUAAUUGUAUAUAGUUAACUCUCACUGUCGAACAUUUAACCACGGUCCUUUGAUCUUGGUCGAGGGUGGUCCAAUGAUGGUGAUAGUUUUUUUUUCCUCUCGAGAAGAACAUGGUCUGGGAUGGAUCGAUUCUAAUGUACUCGACGCAAGAAAAAAAAUUGUACAGUUUAUGUAUAUAUUAAUUCGUGAACUUUUCGAAGAAGAGGGAGUUUUGGAAUCUCAAGGUGUGUCAGUUGUGAUAGUGGUUUUCUAUCGAUAUAAAGAGUGUGAUAGUUAUUUGCAAGAAACGACCAACUGCUCUAAAGAACAAACUGUUAGUGUAUAUUGAAUUUGUCGGUGAGGGAAAGGAUUCUUCAAGUCGGGCCUCGAUCCAGCAAACGUCGGGUGGCCCUUGCUUCGUUCGUCUUGCUCGAACUUGUAAAUAAACUCAUGCGAAGUUAAAAUUAGUGUAGUAAUUUAAGUCGAAUGACUAUCAUUUAAUGGAUUUGUUCAUCGAUGAAAAUCAAAAUAGAGUAAGCGAACGCGUAAUCGUAUUUAAGAUGCGUAGACGUCUAGGGGAAAACAUAACGAUGUUUUUGAAAUCAGAGGUUAGUUUUUCUUGAGAUCUGCCUUCCGAACGUGAAAACAAAGAGCACUGUUCUACGUUUAUGGACGAAAAGCGAACGUAUGACAUCAUUUCAUAUAAGAUUAAUGCGCGGAUGUUGCAAUAACGGUGUAGAAAUCAGAUGCAUUUUACUUUCGAUUACGAUGCUAUGCGGUGCAGAGCUGACAAAUUAUACGUCUCCUUUAGAUCGUAUAGAGAAUUAGUAACUUUAUUAAAUAGAAUUGAACGUGAAAGCAGAACAUUCGCACUCGAACAAAUCCUGGUACAUGAUGAAUGCCAAUACGAGCACCUAUUCGCUGGAUAUGUUUAUGCACUUUUAUAUACCGGGUAAUAGAUAGGUAUUAAUACAGAUAUUUUUAAUCAGUCUAAAACUAACGAUACAUACUUCAUUUUAACUGGUAAUAUUUACGUAAACCUUAACAAGCUCUAGGUCAUACGAGGAAUGAUAGGGAGGGUUAUCCUUUGUCCUUUAAUUUGCCAGCCGAAAGCUUGCAAUGUAAUGUAAAUUCAACGAUGGACAUAAAUACUGCGAUAGGGUUGGCAGAGGUUAUGUUGCUGGCGGAGCAACAUUGUUAUGACGAAUUCUAUAAAAUAUUCUCUAGUAGCCCAUUGCAUAUCGUAAAUGAUUUCCGAACCUUGCGAGUAAUCACUUAUUUUCAAUAGCUAUGAAAUAUAUGUUACAUCCACUGUGACGAGCUGAACAUUCAUAGGUCAGAUACGAUGAUUAAAAAAAAAGACAAAAACAACUUUACGCCCAAUAAUCUGGUAUUUUAUUCUCGUUAUUUGGCUCGAAAUUCUAUCCAUUUUCUCGAUAAGUUUACCUAUUCUUAAGCAGUAAGGUGUUGUGUUCAGAAUGUACGUUAUGAGGUAACCCAGACUUUAUUAAAUCGAAAGAGAAGUUUUAUCCGUUAUCGAUGGAGGGGAAUAAAAUGAGACAUUUAUUAA